AUGAAAAGAGGGAAUGAUGAUGAGAAGAUGAUGGGGCCAUUGUUUCCUAGGUUACAUGUUGGUGAUACUGAGAAAGGAGGGCCUAGAGCACCACCUAGGAAUAAAAUGGCUUUGUAUGAGCAGUUUAGUAUUCCCUCUCAAAGGUUUAACUUGCCACUACACCCGAAUACUUUGACCAAUUCGGUUCCCCCGGCUUCCUCGAGCCAGGGGACUGUCCAUGAGCGAAAUUAUGUUUUUCCUGGUCAUUUGACUCCUGAAACACUUAUUCGUCAGGCUGGAAAGCAUCUCUCUCGGCAAGCAAAAGGGGCGAAUUUGAAUGCUUCUCUAGCACAACUUGAACAUAGAAAGAAGGUUGAUGAGGAUGACUUUAGGGUUCCUGUAUACGUUCGUUCAAAUAUUGGUCAAUCUAAUGAGAAAAGGAUUGAGAGUUUUGAUGGGAAAAGACCCCCUUCUACAGGCUCUAGGUAUUUUGGUUUUCUGAAACCAGGUAAAAUUGAUCGGGAGAGGGAGCCGAAACAGCAUGGAUCUGCAGUUGUUAAUGCAGGGACAGACGUGAGAAAUGAGAUUGAUGGUCCUCCGCAAGUGAGUCCAAAUAAGGAGCAUCCAUUUACAUCUGCAAGAGACGAAUCGAUUGGAGAACGUAGUGACACCUUAGUAAGACAAGGCAAAGUGACUGCAAAUCAAGACGUUCAAGAUCGCCGUGUGUUCAAACUUGACAGUUUACGUCAAGGUGAUUCACGCUUACGUCAAGACUGUCGAGCUGAGUCGCAAUCAAACGGACAUGGAAAUGGACAAAGUGACAGUCUCCUUGAAUCGAGGGAGGUAGACAAGAGUCCCGGCCCUAUAGUAAAUCAAACCAGUCCAACCCAGGCUGUCAAUGGCACUAAAUAUCAUGAUACCGGGACAGGCAGUCCGAAACAGUUAGAACAUUUAUCAACAGUAAAAAUUUCUCCUGAUGAUGUUGUUGCAGUGAUAGGCCAAAAACAUUUCUGGAAAGCUAGAAAAGAAAUUGCCAAUCAACAGAGAGUGUUUGCAGUCCAAGUGUUUGAGUUGCAUAGACUGAUAAAGGUCCAACAACUGAUUGCCGGAUCGCCAGAUCUAUUGUUUGAUGAUGGUGCAUUUUUAGGAAAGUCUCUUCCAGAUGGAUCUACUCCUAAAAAACUCUCAUUGGAAUAUGUUGUAAAAGAUCGGCUGCAAAAUCUCAAGCGCAAAGUUGAUUCUGAAAAGAUAAAUCAAAACCUGGAAUGUUCUGCAGAGAAUGCCGUUGGUAAAACAUCUAUUUCAUCAGUGAAAAAUACGAGCCACAUUUCAAGUUCCAUGCCUUUUGCCGGAAAUCCACACCAAGGAAAUAUGGCUGCUGAUAACGGGAUGGGUCCCUGGUGUUUCAAUCAGUCACCUGGGCAUCAGUGGUUAAUUCCCGUGAUGUCUCCUUCUGAAGGGCUCGUUUACAAGCCAUAUCCCGGGCCUGGAUUUACCGGAACAAAUUUUGGAGGAUGUGGGCCCUAUGGGGCUGCUCCUUCGGGUGGCACUUUUAUGAAUCCUUCCUAUGGAAUCCCACCUCCACCAGAGACUCCUCCAGGCAGUCAAGCUUACUUCCCUCCUUAUGGCGGCAUGCCAGUUAUGAAAGCUGCAGCUUCAGAGUCAGCUGUUGAACACGUGAACCAAUUCUCUGCACGCGGCCAAAAUUGUCGUUUAUCUGAAGAUGAAGCUGAUUGUAACAAACACAAUCAAAACUCAUGCAAUUUACCGGUUCAGAGAAACGGAACUACAUCACAUGUCAUGUAUCAUCAGAGAUCCAAGGAGCUUGAGGUGCAGAUGAGUACCGCAAGUAGUCCUAGCGAAAUGGUACUAGAAAUGAGCACGGGACAAGUGGCUGAAGGAAGAGAUGUACUACCUCUUUUCCCUAUGGUUCCAGUAGAACCAGAGAGUGUACCUCAGUCUCUCGAAACAGGACAACAAACUCGAGUUAUCAAAGUGGUACCUCACAACCGAAGAUCUGCAACUGAAUCAGCAGCUAGAAUUUUCCAAUCAAUUCAAGAAGAGAGAAAACAAUACGAUGCACUGUAG